CAUUUUAAGUUAUCUUUUAAAAUAGAUGUGUAAAUCGUAAUCAAAUUAUUGUUCGAGUAUUCGCUUUUAACUCAAAUUUCCACAACUUUGAAAAAUUUUGAUUCAAAUGUGAAAAUAGCCAAGAGGGAAUCACCGCAUGGAAGCAUUGACCACGAGCCUGCCGCAAAUUAAAACUGCUCAAUGUCUUCCAACGAGGAAUGAAAAAAGUGAGCCGUUCUCGCUUCACCCACAACACACCACAUGGCCAAGUUUUCGUUUGUUGACUGUCACACGUGAUGGCAAAGUCAAGAGACCGGUGGAACUAACUAAAAAACAAGAACUAAAUAAUCACAUCGUAUUGAUGAGAAAAGUUGUUCGGACAGCACGGGUGCACAUUAUUAACAAGUUGACUAAGGAUAUAAAAAAAUUAAAGGAACGGAAAGGGGACGAGAAAGCUCUGGAAAAGACGAAACGGAAGAUUGAACGAUUUCUUCAAGAAAUUCAAGUCAUUAAGCACCUGCAGGAGGAUAAGAUUUCAAUAUUCUCCUUGCAAGACAAAACGAAAUUGGAGCAAGUGCUUCAAAAUCCUCAAUCUUCAACUCAAGAUAGAGCCUUGUCUCGUUUCAGUCACCAUAAAUUGAUACAAACUGAAGUUUCAAAGUAUAAAACUCAUAAUCCGUACUGGGAACUGCAAAUUCCCGUACUUUUAGAAAGAAGUAAGGAUAAACGCAGAAGGAUUAACAAAAAGUUGACAGAACGAGAGGCAGAACGGGAAGCUGGGAAGAACAAAAAUAAAAAUCCGAAUACGAUUGGUGGUGAAUCGUUGUCAUCGAAUAAUGAAACUGACGAAGAGUCGGAAAGGAAUCUAGAUAUUAACGAUUCGGACAGUGAAGAAAGUGUGGAUCAAGAAGAAAGCGAAAGAGAAGAUAAGGCAUCAAAGGUCAAUAUUAAGACUGAAAAAAAGUCAUCAAAACCUAAUCCUAGCAAGAAAACUAACCCCGUGUCAGCCACAGAGCACAACAAAGUAGUUAAAAAUAAUAAGAAGUCUACGAAAUCUGUAGAAAAACCAAAUAACAAAAAGCCUCCAGUGCCGGAACGUAACAUUUCUAAAUCUGUUGGAACGCUUAAAGUUCAGCAUUUAAAGGACUUGACUGAUCUCGAAAACUCUGAAACUUUCAAGCCUACAGAAGUUAAACUCACGGUAGACGAUUUAUCCCAUGUUCCAAAAUUACGGAUAAAAAGCUCGUUUUUUGUUGGUGGAGUUGACGAAGCAGUUGAAGAACCACAUGAACAACAAGACCUGGAAAAGAAACGGGGGUCAUCUGAUUUCCAGAAAAAUAGACAACACAACUCCUCGUCAGAAUUCAAACCUGUGUUCAAAAAAGGAAAAUUGGUAAAUAGGCCGGCUGCACAAGGUUUUAAGGGUGGUGCGAGAAACCCACCAUCAGCCCGUGGUAAAAAUACAAGAUACUUUGACAGCAAAGGAAGAGGAGGUAGCGACGGUGGAGAUAGUAAUUUGACUCCACUAGGAAACCGAUCAGAUUUUAAGAAAAACGACCGUCUCCCACACGCUAUUCUUAACCAGAAAGUAGCAACUGCAGAGCAAUCCGAAAAACUGCAUCCUUCGUGGGAAGCAAAAAAGAGACAACAGCCUAUUUUGUCAGCAUUCAAAGGAAAAAAGACAAAGUUUGACAACGACGACGAGUAAAAAAAAACUUUU